GUCGGUUGCCAUGACACUAUUCAAACGAAUGUCAUUUUCUCGUAAACAAACGACUAAUACACUCCCUUUUUAUAACAUAUUCGCUAAUAUGUCUGAAAAAUCUAAAUCGGUGUCAUCUACGGCCUCCAAAACGUACAGAACACGGCCUUCGACUGUCGGGCCACCGACUACGCGUCGUUCCGUUGCUCCGUCGAACACAAUGAAAGAUCGCAACACGCGUCCCACGAAAAUCAACAAAAAUGCUACUCUGGUCAGCGAGGCCGAUUUAACAAUGCGUCCGGAGUUCUCUAUGCCCGAUUUUGAGACGGAAAACAAGCAAGUAGCGUACGGGAAGUUCCUGCGUUCGAUGUUGGAAGACUGUUUGCUGGAUGAGAAGAUUGAAAGGGAGGAAACGGAUGUGGAUAAACAAAUGGCGCUGUUGGCGGACAGGUUUCAAAAGACCAUGUCACAGCUGGACAAGACUAAUCGACGUCUGAAGGAUAUAUCGUUCGUUCAGGAGCAGGAGAGACUAAUCCAACUGCGCCACGAAGACAACGCUAAAAUCUUCGAAGCAACCGCCAACAGUACUGCUCCGGAGAUCCUUACCAGCCUGUCCAACACCGAGCAAGCUCACCUAGACAAGCUCGUGACAAAGAACGUUGAUUUCGGCUAUGACAAGAACAGCGGAUACAAGCAGCUACUCGACGCCGUACAAGACGCCAUCGGGGGCUUAGAAGAGAUCAAGAAGCAUUCAAACUUAGAUAUGAACAAGUUUAAAGAAUAUGAGAAUACUAAAACUAUGUCCGAGCAAAUGGAAUUGAGUAAAAUGGACCUGGAGAUGCUUAAGACGGAGUUUGAGGUUAAGUUUCCGAAGUUUAGCGAGAGACUGCUGAAGGAGGCUUCGGAGAAGCUUGCUAAAAUGGUUGAAGAUGGGGAGGAAUGA